AAGAGUACUACAGUAAAUGUACUUAGUUACUUUCCACUGAACGUAUGUAAAGUAAUAAUAGUAAGUUUCAGUUUGUGUGAACAGGAUGUGGUUUCUUGUGUCAGCUUAAACACAUUAUACUAUAUGUGAUCUAUGCAUAGCCGCAUUUGUCACGACAGUAUUGACCAAUCACAGCACGUCUCUCAAACUUUAGGACAAAGCAACGCCGUCUGUGAUUGGCUGAGCUCUGCACCAGCUGAACAGACUGUAGACCGCCUGCUGCUGCUGCUGUUGCUUCUUCAAGGAUCAGGUUUAAGUCUCCGGAUUCGCCGCUGCACACAGGGUCAGUGCAGAACAGCCAUGCAGGCUCAGGAAGUCCUGAGACAGCUGCGCAUUCCCGAGCUGGAUGACGUUCGGCAGUACGUGCGUGGGUUGCCCACCAACGCGCUCAUGGGAAUGGGUGCUUUCGCUGCCAUCACCACCUACUGGUUUGCCACCCGGCCAAGAGCCCUCAAACCGCCCUGUGACCUCGGCCUGCAGUCAGUGGAAAUACCAGGUGGAGAACGUGCGAGAAGAUCAGUGCUGAACGACAGCGACAAACACAUGACACACUUCUACAAUGACGCACGCACAAUAUAUGAGGUGUUCCAGCGAGGGCUCAGAGUAUCGAAUAACGGACCUUGUCUAGGAUCAAGAAAACCGAACCAGCCGUAUGAGUGGCAGUCUUACAGAGAGGUGGCAGACCGAGCGGAGAAUGUCGGCUCUGCUCUCCUUCACAGAGGACACUCUCACACAGGAGACAAGUUCGUUGGUAUUUUUUCCCAGAACAGGCCGGAGUGGACCAUUUCAGAGCUGGCCUGUUACACAUACUCCAUGGUGGCAGUCCCACUGUACGACACACUCGGCACAGAGGCCAUCGCCUACAUUAUCGACCAAGCUGCCAUCUCAACAGUGAUCUGCGAUGUGCCCGAAAAGGCUCGGCUGAUUCUGGACUGUGUCGGCGGGAAAGGGCGAACAGUGAAGACCAUUGUGCUCAUGGAGGCGUUUGACAGCGACCUGGUCACCCGCGGCCAGGAGAGUGGCAUCGAGAUCCUGAGUUUGAAGGACUUUGAGGCCUUGGGUAAAGCCAACCACCGGGAACCAGUGCCCCCUAAACCAGAGGACCUUGCACUUAUCUGCUUUACGUCUGGAACCACAGGAAACCCUAAAGGUGCAAUGCUCACUCACGGAAAUGUUAUCUCCAACACCGCAGCUUUCAUUAAAGUGACAGAGGGCUCACUGAAGCCCAGCAAUAAAGAUGUGCUCAUCUCCUUCCUCCCUUUGGCCCAUAUGUUUGAGAGGGUGGUGGAGGGCGUCAUCCUCAUCCACGGAGCUCGAAUCGGCUACUUCCAGGGAGACAUUCGACUUCUGAUGGAUGAUUUGAAAACGCUGCAACCAACAGUCUUCCCUGUGGUCCCACGUCUCCUCAACCGCAUGUUUGAUAAGGUAUUCGGUCAGGCCAAUACACCGCUGAAAAGAUGGCUGCUCGAUUUUGCCUUCAGGAGGAAGGAGGCAGAGCUGAAAAACGGCGUGGUCAGAAAAGACAGCAUGUGGGACAAACUCAUUUUCAAAAAAGUCCAGGCGAGUCUGGGCGGUCGCGUGAGACUCAUGAUUACAGGAGCAGCGCCGGUGUCACCGACCAUCCUGACGUUCCUGCGAGCUGCACUGGGCUGUCAGUUUUAUGAAGGCUACGGUCAAACUGAAUGUACAGCUGGGUGCUCCAUGUCAAUGCCUGGAGACUGGACAGCAGGUCACGUCGGACCUCCUCUGCCCUGCAACUCUAUCAAACUGGUGGAUGUGGCAGAAAUGAAUUACCUGUCAGUCAAUGGAGAGGGAGAGGUGUGUGUCAAAGGACCAAAUGUCUUCCAGGGAUACCUGAAAGACCCAGAGAAAACAGCUGAGGCAAUUGACAAGGAUGGAUGGCUGCACACAGGAGACAUUGGGAAAUGGCUUCCUAAUGGCACUCUGAAGAUUAUUGACCGAAAGAAGCACAUUUUCAAACUGGCACAGGGAGAAUACAUCGCCCCUGAGAAAAUAGAAACCAUCUAUAAUCGCAGUGAUCCAGUGGCCCAGAUAUUUGUUCAUGGUGACAGUUUACAGGCAUGCCUGGUGGGGAUUGUGGUGCCUGAUCCAGACUUUUUACCUAUUUGGGCCAAGAAAAAGGGGAUUGAAGGAUCCUACUCUGAACUGUGCAAUAACAAGGAUGUGAAGAAAGCCAUUCUGGAGGACCUCCUGAGGCUGGGCAAAGAAGCAGGACUCAAGUCUUUUGAACAGGUGAGAGAUAUCGCACUACAUCCUGAGAUGUUUUCUGUCCAGAACGGUCUCCUGACACCCACCCUGAAGGCUAAGAGGGCUGAGCUUCGGAGCCGCUUCAGAGAGCAGAUCGACGAACUUUACGCCAAAAUUAAGAUGUAAGCUGGGGAUCGAGGAGUAAUGUACGGAGGUGACAAUCACUUAGAGCACACAGCCAGAACCAAAUAGUCUAGUGAAGGGGGUUUUCUGUGAUUAUCUUUGCAAUUUUGUGGGGUCUUCUUCUGUACAAACUGGAUAAUAAAUCUCAGUUUGAAGUAUGUAUUGUUGUCUCCACUUUAAUUAUGAUUGUACAGCUAAAUUACUCCCCACUAUCACUGGCUAAUUAAUUUAGAUUAUCCAAGAACACAUCAUUGUGUUACUGGAGUAGCAAGAGUAAUUGUUAAAAUUUUAAAUACACACACACACACACACACACACAAUGGGGAAAUGUGACUUGCUGAUGCCUUAACUGCCAAUAAGUCUGACUCUUUCAUGGUCAGAAAAGUCCAACUGCUGCAAACAUUUCUGUCAGGUUUAAUUCUUUGGAGUCAGAAUGAAAUCCUAUAAAUAUGCUUUUACAACAGUGACAAAUAUUGACUAUUUAUAUACCAGACUAUUUAAUGUUUUGGUUAUCUAUUUAAGCUGAUAUUUAAUGUAAUCGUUAAACCUGUAAAUAGUGUAUCUGCUGAAAAUUUGUACGCAGAGUAUUGUGCCUGAUACUCCGUAUUGUUAAUUCCCUGCAUUCCCAUGUUUCUCAGAGCUGUGGGCUAAAGGACUAAUGAAUCUGUUCUAGUGCACUAUUAAGUUAAAGGCCUACAGGGAAUCAUGUUGCCUGACAGAUGUUUUGUGCUUUUGUUUUGUUUUCUUUUAACGCUGCAUGGAAAAUGCUCAAUGUUACAAAACUGUGCGAGCAGUUUUUCCUCCUUUCAAGUUUCAGUGCUACAAGCUACACAAUAAAAGGUACAUUCUAUCACUUGUAGGAUACGCAAGUAUUCAGGGGAAAUAUUUGGAAAGACUGGUGUCAUGUUUCAUUUCAAGAAGCUAGUUUUUCUAAAUUAAUUCCAGGUCCUUGUCAUUUUAGCGUUUUAGAUUAACUGUCAGUGAUGGUCCACGAAAGAGAGACGGAACGGCAUUUCAGCUGUUUAACAAAAAAACUUUGUUGUAAAUUCAGAUGUUUUUGCUGAAUUGUGAUCAUUACGCACAUCUAAUAAUGUCAAGGACUCAUUGACAGUUCAAGCCAUAUUGUUAAUCGUUUUGUUUAAGACUCUUAUGAAAAGGGUAACAGUGCAGUUUUGUGCUGGAGUUACAAGUACAGUAUCUAUAUUUGUCAACUGUACCAAAUAAAUACUUUCAUCAAAAA